CUCUUAUAUCCGUUGAUUAAAAACCAAUGAACGAUCCAGAUCUAAUCCCGCUGAAAAAGAAAAGCGAAAUAUUUUCCCUCCCACUUCUUGUAAUUUCCAGACGAUAAAUAUCCCCUUCCUCAAUCGAAACAAACUAUCCAGAUCUCAACUUUCUCUCAUCUUCAAAUUAAAAUCAAACAGUUUCUUAAUAACAUUUUACUUCAUGGCUCGUACCAAGCAGACGGCUAGGAAAUCAACCGGAGGAAAGGCUCCAAGGAAGCAGCUGGCGACAAAAGCGGCGAGGAAAUCUGCUCCGGCCACCGGAGGAGUGAAGAAGCCACACAGAUUCAGACCCGGAACUGUUGCUUUAAGAGAAAUCAGGAAGUACCAGAAGAGCACUGAGCUUCUUAUCCGUAAACUCCCUUUCCAGAGGCUUGUCAGAGAGAUCGCUCAGGACUUCAAAACCGAUCUUCGUUUCCAGAGCAGUGCCGUCGCCGCUCUUCAGGAAGCUGCUGAAGCUUACCUCGUCGGACUCUUCGAAGACACCAAUCUCUGCGCCAUUCACGCCAAGAGGGUCACGAUCAUGCCCAAGGACAUCCAGCUCGCGAGAAGAAUCAGAGGAGAACGAGCUUAGAUCUAAGUAUUCUGGUUACUCUUGUGUUUUGAUUAGAACCAUAAGAUUGUAAAAUUUCAAGUUAAAUCCAAGGGUUAUAAUAUUAAUUCCAAGCAAUUAUCUUUUGUUCUAUCAAAGUAUUGACUUUUUAGUUGACUUUAUUAAUCACUAA